AUGAAACGCCAAAACGUGCGUACGUUGUCAUUAAUUGUUUGUACGCUAACUUACUUACUUAUUGGCGCAGCUGUUUUCGAUGCGUUGGAAUCUGAUAAUGAAAUGCAACAAAGAGCUUUGGUGUCAAAAGUCAAAGACCGCCUGACUAUUAAAUACAAUAUUAGCAAAGCUGAUUAUCGAGUUCUUGAAGCAAUUAUUAUUAGGUCGAUGCCUCAUCGAGCUGGUCAUCAGUGGAAAUUCAGUGGUGCCUUUUAUUUUGCUACAACUGUCAUCACAACAAUUGGCUAUGGACAUAGUACUCCAUCUACAAUUGGUGGUAAAACAUUUUGCAUGUUUUAUGCAUUGGCUGGUAUUCCCCUUGGACUAGUUAUGUUCCAAAGUAUAGGUGAAAGGAUCAAUACGUUUGCAGCAAUGCUGCUGCGUACGUGCCGACGUUUAGCUGGUAAACCACCGAAUGUCACGUACCUUGACUUAAUUCUUGUUGCUUCUGGUUGCGGCUCAUUCCUUAUCGCUUCAGGAGCAUAUGUUUUUCAACGGUAUGAAAAGUGGACCUAUUUCGAUAGUUUAUAUUACUGCUUUACUACGCUUACAACAAUUGGUUUUGGUGACUAUGUAGCAUUGCAGAAAGAUGGUGCCUUACAAAAUUCACCAGAAUAUGUCGCAUUUGCUUUGGUAUUUAUUCUCUUUGGUUUAACAGUAAUCUCAGCAGCAAUGAAUUUGUUAGUACUGCGAUUUUUGACAAUGAAUACUGAAGACCAAAAACGUGACGAACAAGAAGCUAAACUUGCUGCCCGAGGAUUAGUAUGUGUAACUACCGAUCAAGCUGAUCGGUAUAAAUAUCCAUUUUCAACUCAAAAAUCGUUCGAUAAUUCAAAUCAAUGCGGAUACCGAGAUGAAUAUCGAGAAAAGAAAUUAGAUGAAAAGAAAAGUAUGCGAACAUCAUUUGAUGUUGAAAAUGCUUCAAUAUGCUCUUGUUCAUGCUAUCAAUUGCCUUAUUCUGAUUCUAAUUUUAGGCGAAGGUGA